AGAGAGAGAGAGAGAGAGCAAAUCAAAUCACAAAAAAAAUAUUAUCCCUUAAAAGACCAAAAAAAAACGGACAAUUGUGCUCUUCUCGAGAACUCAGCCUUCCCUAUUAGCCACCUUUCUGCAAACUUCUCGAACCCACUCACUCUGUCACCAAAAACAUCAAUCAAAAAUAUAUUUUCCUUGUCUGUGAGAUUUGUAUUCUCUUGUUGGGUUGUUCUUGAUACAUACUACUCUCGGUAGAUCGAUUAUUAUUAGGUGAAAGGUUUGUUUCAAGAAACAUGGAUAAGGAGAAAAAAACCGUGUUUCCGUUCGAAGACGAUGAAGAUCUAGAAGAGAGCAGCAAGUACGAGAACGACAGUGAAACUGAUCAAAGCGAUCUCGGAGAUCUUCCUGGUGAUGCUGAUCGUGACGACGACAACGAUGAACCUUUCAUCUCCCAGGUUCAAUGGCCUCAGAGCUUUCGGGAAACGACUGAUUCAUAUACGAUUGCUGCAUCACCGAUCUUCGGAUCUCUGAGGAGUAAUCCUCCGAGUUUCUAUAGAGCAAGCAGAAGUAAUUUAGGAAGUCAAUUAGAUGUUGGAUCUAAAGCACCUUUGCUCCCUCAGAGGACUGAAGAAUCUGACAAAGCCUCAGCUACACAAUCAGUUUGGUCUCAUAAAGGCUCCUUUGCUGAGGAAAUGGCCCUUGGUGGCUAUGGUUGCAGCUUCACUCAAACCAUUUUCAAUGCUAUUAAUGUAAUGGCCGGAGUUGGACUUCUCUCAACACCUUUUACAGUGAAAGAAGCUGGUUGGGCUAGUAUGGUGAUUCUUCUCUUAUUUGCUGUUAUCUGUUGUUACACUGCUACUCUGAUGAAAGAAUGUUUCGAGAAUAAAACUGGCAUUAUCACUUAUCCUGAUAUUGGAGAAGCAGCUUUUGGGAUCUAUGGUCGUAUUCUUAUCUGUAUGCUAUUGUACACAGAACUCUAUUCAUAUUGUGUUGAAUUCAUCAUUUUGGAAGGGGAUAACCUUACCGGGCUAUUCCCUGGUACAUCCUUGGAUUGGCUUGGUAUCAAUAUUGACUCUAAACAUUUAUUUGGAAUCUUAACUGCUCUCAUUGUUCUGCCAACUGUUUGGUUGAAGGACCUCCGCAUCAUUUCCUACCUCUCAGCUGGUGGAGUUAUUGCAACCGUUUUGAUAGCAGUAAGCGUGUUCUUCCUCGGUACAACGGGGGGAAUUGGGUUUCAUCACACCGGGCAAGCUGUGAAACUGAACGGGAUACCGUUUGCUAUUGGUAUCUAUGGAUUUUGCUAUUCAGGCCAUUCUGUGUUCCCAAAUAUAUACCAAUCCAUGGCUGAUAAAACCAAAUUCAACAAAGCAGUGAUCACAACUUUCAUUUUAUGUGUUUUGUUAUAUGGAGGAGUUGCAGUCAUGGGUUACCUUAUGUUUGGUGAAGCCACCUUGUCUCAGAUUACACUAAACAUGCCACAAGAUCAAUUUUUCUCAAAAGUGGCACAGUGGACUACGGUUGUGAGUCCGUUUACUAAGUACGCUCUCCUGAUGAAUCCACUUGCUAGGAGUAUAGAAGAACUGUUACCCCCAAGAAUGUCAGAGAACAUAUGGUGUUUUCUUCUUCUAAGAACAGCACUCGUUGCUUCCUCUGUUUGUUCUGCUUUCCUUAUCCCAUUCUUUGGUCUUGUGAUGGCUCUAAUAGGUUCUCUUCUCAGUAUACUCGUGGCAAUAGUAAUGCCAGCUCUAUGCUUCAUAAAGAUAAUGGGGAACAAAGCUACAAGAACACAGAUGAUUCUGAGUUCGAUAAUUGUGGCAAUUGGGGUGGUAAGUGGGACCUUGGGGACAUACUCUUCGGUUGCAAAGAUCAUUAGGAACUAUCAAUGAAGAAACUCCAUGACAAAGCCCCAUAAUUUCUCUCCUUUUCUUUGAGUUGAAUGUUUUUUGUUGAAGCUAAUAAGUCUCUGAUUAAGAUUAUUAAUUUGGUUUUUUAAAGUCAAUAAAACUAGUGAAAGGUUUGCUUUCUCAUAGUUUUUAUGUUUGCUUUCGUAUCUUUGUGUAUCUCUUCAUUUUUCUGAGCAUCCUUCUCAUGUUUA